GUCUCCUUGGAUGGUUAAGUGUUCUAGUAUCCUUCCUGCUUUGGACCUUUUCUGAAAACAGAACCUCUCCGUGUUAGGGUUCUACAUACAGCGUAUAGGAUGUCUGAAGAAACCUUGUUUUUUGAGAAUACGGUUGUUUAAAAUGGUAAAUGUGUGUUUUCUUUCAGACGGGAGGCACAAUGAGCGAGCAGGUGUCAGUCACCCCGAGCUGGCUGACCCCUGACCCCAGCUGGGUCAGCAGUGGUGGUGGGAGCACAGAGAACCUGACGGCUGGAACGCCUCCUCCACUUGCUGUUUUACCCCCGGAGUCUUCUGCUGAGCUGCUGGUGAACCCGUGGGAUAUUGUGCUGUGCACGUCGGGUACCCUGAUAGCCUGCGAGAAUGCCCUGGUGGUCCUGGUGAUCUGGCAGAACCCGGCUCUGCGUGCUCCCAUGUUCCUGCUGAUCGGUAGCCUGGCGCUGGCUGACCUGCUAGCCGGCGUGGGUCUGGUGCUCCACUUCACCUUUGCCUACCUGCUGCGCUCGGACUCGGCCCAGCUGCUCACGAUCGGCCUGGUGGUGGCCUCGUUCUCUGCCUCUGUUUUCAGCUUGCUGGCCAUCACCAUCGAUCGCUACCUGUCGCUGUAUUACGCGCUCACGUACAACUCAGAGCGCACAGCUGCCUUCACCUACACCAUGCUAGUGCUGCUGUGGGGGGCGUCCUUGUGCCUUGGUCUACUGCCCGUCACCGGGGUAAACUGCCUGAGUCAGGAGGAUGCCUGCAGCGUGGUGCGACCACUCACAAAGAACAAUGUCGCUGUUCUGUCCGUGUCCUUCUUGCUGCUCUUCGGGCUCAUGCUGCAGCUGUAUAUGCAAAUCUGCAAGAUCGUAAUGCGGCAUGCGCACCAGAUCGCCCUGCAGCACCACUUCCUGGCUGCCACGCCGCACUACGUCACGACGCGCAAAGGCGUCUCCACACUCGCCAUCAUCCUGGGAACGUUUGCCGCCUGCUGGAUGCCUUUCACAGUCUACUCGCUUAUUGCCGACUACACCUACCCGCCGUUGUACACCUACGCCACGCUGGUUCCCGCCACCUACAACUCCAUCAUCAACCCCGUCAUCUACGCCUUCCGUAACCAAGAGAUCCAGAAGGCGCUCUGGAUGGUGUGCUGCGGCUGCAUCCCGGCCAGCGUGGUGCAGCGGGCACGGACGCCCAGCGACGUCUAACGUACACGUCUCUUAGACUUUGCAUGCUGUUGUGAGACAAGGGGAUAUAUGUGUGGCCCUUCUUUUACGUCUUCCCCUUAUUGUGAUGUAAGUUCGACCACUGCCAAAUGGCCUUUGUACCCCCUCACUCUGGUGCCACCAAACUGCCACCAAAGCCUACCUUUUCACGGCAAGCAUCUGUACAUAAAAUGUAGAUAAACUUGCUGUUGUAAACAAUGCGUGCUCCUUUGAAAGGCCUCAGCGGCAUCCCUCAGUGAGGGAGGAGGCUGAGACGAGGGGGCUCGCUCUUCUCUGCUGCAUUCUGAACGUGUGCUGAAAACCAAGCAGCCAUGGGGAUCUAAAAAUAGCCGGAGCGCUCACUGAUCCGCGCCUCGCAUCAUCCGCUGGAGAGAAAAGCAGCGUCCAUCUUGCUUUAUCCUGCUUGCUAUUUUUGUGAGGGUUUUUUCAAUUAUAUUCCUUUAAAGACCCUGACCCAAAUGUGCCCGAAUGUACGCUGUCCUCCAAAUCAGAAGACCAUGAAGAGCUAACAUGAAUGAAACCCAUUGAUGCCUUUAUUUUGAGUUCUUGCCACAGGAUGACUAGCAGUGGUUUCCUCCUGCAUACAGGGCGGAUGGAUGCAAACUGCACGGAUAUUAAAGCAGUAGUGUAUGAAUGAGUAGGGGGUUCACGUUGAAUGAAUGUACGCACUAGUGAUGUUUGUUUAAUUCAGUCGUGUUGUGUCAGAUUUAAAAUGUCCUUUGUUUUUCCCCUUCAUGCUUUACUUCCAGCUGAGCUCCAGGCUCAGUAAUGGCCAAUAGAAAAAUUAACAAAUUCAUUUAUAUUAAUUGGUAAUUAAUAUUAUAAUAUAUAUAUAAACAGAGCAAGAUUUUCAAGGGCUACUUAACAAAAAUACCUAAUAACCCUUAUCACCAGAAAGUGAAGUAUUCCCUGGAAAGCAAGCAGCUGAUGAGGAAGAUAAUGAGAGCAAACACAGAUGCUGCUUUAUAGACAAAAACCAAAACAAACCCCAGGUUAGUUAGUUAGCAACACUGGUCUCCUCUGACAUCAAUGGUUUCGAUGCUGAGGGAGGUUAUGAUAUGUGCUUGUGAAAAUUAGCUGAUGGCAACAUUGGAAGAAAGAGCUUUGCUAAGCUGCUGUUCCUCAAAGCAAUAGUGAAGAGGGAAAAUUGCACAAACUGCACAAAAAAUGGUUUUUGUGUGUAAAUUUUGCACUCGAGCUAUAAGGUUCAGUAUCCACAACACCACCGAGAAGGUUCUAUGGAACGUAUGGUUACUGUUUGAAUCAAUCUCAGUUUGAAAUGUAAUAUUAGUGUCAUUUAAACACUUUUUAUUUGAAGCAAUUAAAGCAAACUGUUCUACCCCCGGAAAAAAAGAGGUUCCUCGAAGGUCGAUUGAAUGUUUUUAGAUGUUUAAAAGGGUUCUAGUUGGAAUGUUUUAUUAGAGGGAAAUUGUUCGUAGGGUUUUACCAGAUAUCUCCCAGAAGGACAAGCUGUAGAAACUCUCAUGGUUUUAGAUGGAACUUUUUGGAUUAGUGGAAGCUUAUGACCAUUAAUACAAAUAGCAUCACGCGUAUACCCUGUAAACACUUGGAGAACCCUGAACAGUCAUUGGCUUGUUCUUCUGUGGGGAACAAAGAACCUUUAAAUACCCAUGGAUGGACAAUUUUGCUAUUUGGUUAUAGGCACACACCCUGUCUGAAUCUGAUACUAGUUUUCUCACUAGGGGAACCCUAAAACAAUGAAGCUUUAACUAUCCGAAAAACCUUUGAGAAAAAACAAAAACAAAACAUUUUCAGUACAAUUUGGUCAUUUAGUUGUUUCGCAUAUUGUCUAGAUCUGUUACUAAAUCUAUCAUGCUUAGGCUACAUCCACGUUAAUCCGGAUAGAUUAGUUUUAAAACGCUCUCCUUCUACACUGCCACUUCGCAAAUGCUUUCCCAAAAUAGCUCGUGCACACGGAA